UUCGGUUCUCGAAUCACUCUCUAUUUUGCAGUCCAAGUGACAGCACUCAAAUGCAAAUUCAAUUGAACUGAACUGUAUUACGUAUUAGAAAUCGGAAUUUCCCAUCGGUUCCCAGUAGGCGGGUCAACUAGCUCCAAAUUUCAACGCGGAACACCCGGAAUGAUGCUGUGUCAGGUGGCCCGUGGACUUGGAACGGUGCUGGCGAGGAGGUGCCACUGUUCGACUGCCCGGGAGAGGCGUCUGGUGACCUUAAUAUGCCAGAUGCCCAGGAGGAGCUUCUCGAUGGACAAGGGGCCCAAGAUAUCAUCGGAUCAUCACUCUGGCACAAUGGAUGAUGUGACUCGCACUAUUCGCGAUCAGUCCGGCGUGGAUUUGGGCUACCACACUAUUCCCAAGCCCCGGGAUCACCUCCUGCAGCACCAGCCUAAACGGGAAGAUCUGCCGCCCAGAACCAUGUCGGAUUCCCACACCACUGCCGUCCUACCCCUCAGCUCCAGUGAGUCGAUCCGCGAGAGCUAUGUGAAUCACCUGGGCAGGGUGAGAUUGGGCAGGAUUAUGGAGGAACUAGACAUGUUCGCCGUGUGGAUGUGCCAUCGCCAUGUGAAGCUACCCAAGUUGCCCAAAGGGGUGCCACUGCCCUACACCUUUGUCACGCUGCUGGUGGACAAAGUGGAGUUCACCAAUCUGGAGCGGUUGCAGGUCAACCAGGACAUUGAGAUCAGCGGGCACAUCUCUUGGGCAGGACGCAGCUCCAUGGAGAUCACCAUCUAUGUGAAGCAGUUGGCCUAUGGCGAGUACAUCGAUGUGACCAAGGCCAUCUUUCUGAUGGUAGCCAGAAAUGCCACAAAUACGGGACCUGCACCCAUUAAUCCUCUGGAGGUAGGUGAUGCCACAGAGGAACUCAUAUGGGAGCAGGCGGAGAAGCGGCAGAAGCUGCGCAAAUCCUCGGCCAUGGAGUCCGUAUUCAAUUCCCCACCCAGGGAGCACGAGCAGACCAUUAUGUACGACAUCCUUAAGAGAACCACGCCGAUGAACAGCAUGGAUCUGAACAAGCGCGUGCUGCCGCCGAAAUGCCGCUGGAUGGAGGACUCCCUGCAGACAACGAUGAUUGCUCCGUUUCCGGAGAACCGAAAUGCCCAGAACACCAUCUUUGGGGGCUAUCUAAUGCGCCAGGCCGUCGAGAUCAGCUUCAUUACGGCCAGCAUCUACCUGGGCGAUCGGCCCAUCCUUAAGUGCAUCUCGGACAUCAGCUUUAUGCACCCGGUGCAUGUCAACAAGUUCCUCCAGCUCACCGCCUACGUGGUCUAUGCCGCCCAGAACUACAUCCAGCUGAUGACAGUGGCCCAGAUUUGGGACGCCAAGAGUGGCAAGGUCCAGACCACCAAUGUCUUCUACUUGACCUACCGCGCGGACAAGGUUCUGGAUGAAGUGCUUCCGCGCUCCUACCGCGAAAUGUUGUGGUAUGUCCACGGCAGGAGGAAACUACUUGCCGCCCUCAAUCUGCAGCCAGAGUACCCCGAUCCCAUCACGGUGCCCAAGGAGAGCUCAAACAGUAUAUCUACUUAGUGUUAAUACAUGCACUUAGAUAAGCUCAAGGUGUAAUUUAGUUUUUUUGUAUUAUGUUGCCCUAUUUAUAGAAUGUAUAAUUUUUAUCCGACCUAUUAAGUUCAAAUAAAACUUGAUGGAAUGUCGACUUCUAA